AUGGCCACUGCAACCCAGUCAGCCCCAGCGCUCACGUUCCCUCGCCCAAUUUUCGCCGCCGUCUCCCCGCACCCUUUCCUUCAGGCGCAUCUCUCCGCAGAGAAGAAGAAGCCAAUCCGCGCCAAUGGCCGUACUGCAAACGAAUUUCGCACACCCGGAAUCAACACUGGAAGUUUGACUCACUGCAACGGGAGCGCAGUCGUGCGACUAGGAAACACAAGUGUGGUUUGUGGUGUGCGCGCAGAGAUCUUGAAAGAAGAAGACAUUCCAGGCACCUACGAGUAUCCUGGACAGACUGCAGGUCAGAACGCGGACGAGGGUGACGGGAAUGAUGAGGAAUUAGAAGAGCUGAGGUUAUUGGUUCCGAAUGUGGAAUUAUCGACAGGAAGCACACCCUCUCAUAUCCCCGGCAAUGCACCGUCCACAUAUGCGCAGACACUCAUAACUCGUAUACGCUCUCUCCUCAACUCGACACAUCUUCUUCGCGCCUCAGAUCUCCGCAUACUAUACAAGCCGACAACAAAUCCCGAAGAUCCAGAUACAGAAGCCGAGACACAACUGAAAGGAUACUGGGUUCUCUACCUCGAUGUCUUCUUCAUCAGCAUUGAUGGCAACGCAUUCGACGCGGCAUGGAUAUCCAUACUUGCGGCACUCCGCGACACAAUUCUCCCAUACGCAUACUACGAUGAGGAGUACGAGGGAAUACUCUGCUCGGAUGAGCCCAAAGAAGCACAUCGCCUUCAAUUACGAGGGCUCCCAAUCCCUAGCACGUUUGCAGUGUUCGAAGGCAGGAGAGAAGAGGAAGAGGAAGAAGUAGACUUCGUACUCAGUGAUCCAGAUGCAUUCGAGGAGGGCGUGUGUAGAGAAACUGUCAGUGUGACGGUGGAUUGUGCUGGCGGAAAGAAGGGUACAAAGGACUUGGUUAUCAGAAGAGUCGAGAAGAGCGGUGGAGGUGUCGUGGGGAGAGAAAUGAUGGGAGGACUGAUCAAGAGAAGUAUCGAUCGUUGGGGUGCGGUUGAGAGUGCGCUGAGUGGUAAGGCGUGA